CAGCAAGACUUGAAUGCUGGACAUGGUACAUACGAUCCGUAUAGCAGCACUAGUUACUCACAGGCGCCCGUUACGUCGAGUGGGCAUGAGGCCGUGAGUGAUUUAAGCUAAUUCGGUUGUCACAGGCGCUGUCGAUAGCCAGCAGCAGCAGCAGGAUCCAAACGUUGCUUAUGGUGCGUACGACCCGUACAGUACUACUGGAGGAUACUCGCAAGCACCAGCUACGUCAGGUGGAUUCGAGACAGUUGGCGAUUUGUCUAGCUCUAUGGCCACAGGGGCUGUCGAUAGCCCAGCAGCAGCAGGAUCUGAAUGCUGCUUACGGUGCGUACGAUCCAUACAGUACUAUUGGAUAUUCACAAGUACCAGAUAUGGCAACUGAGCGUGCGGUGGUGGAUCCGACUGCAGCAGCGGUAACUGGCGCGGUUGGCAACCAGCAGCAACAAGAUGCGAACGCUGGUUACGGCACGUAUGAUCCGUACAGCACAGGAGGAUACUCGCAGGCGCCAGCAGGCAAUGGCGAUUAUGCGGUGAUGGAUACAGGCGCGGCGACAGUCGGCAGCACUGGAGAUUACCAGCAGGUGGCAGACAUGGGCCAGUACGAGACGUAUGAUGCGUACGGCUCAGGUGAGUACUCGCAGGCGCCACUGGCCAAUGGAACAGAUUCUCUCCAGCAAGAGCAGGCGGGCAAAGUGCAGCAAUUCGAUGGCAGCACCGGAUAUACGCCGUUCGAUCCGUACAGCUCUGGUGGAUACGGACAGGAAGAUGGUGGUAGCGGGCAGCAGUUUGGGGCGUACGACCCGUAUAGCACUACUGGGUACUCGCAGGCGCCGGUGGAGAACGGGGCAGCGGCAGUUGCAGUGGUUGACACGGCCAAUGGCGGCGAGAGCCAGCAGCAGCAGCAGCAGCAAUACCCUGGGUAUGGCGGGUACGACCCGUAUACUAGCGGGGGAUACUCGCAGGCACCGGUGGUCAAUGGCGUGGGCGAUUCGUCGCUGGUGGCAGCGGACAAGCAGAUGCAGGUAGACAGCGCGAGUGGAUAUGCAGCAUUUGACCCGUACAAUGCAGGCGGAGUAUCCAGCCCGCACGGGUCAGCGCAGAUGGUAACGCCGCAGUCGUUUGGUUACACGGGAGUGCCCACAGCGCCAGCAGGAGUGUUUGAUCUGCAGAGCCAGAGCGAGCGCAGCAGCCUGGACAUGGCGUAUGAGCGCGACCUGUCGGCAGGCGAUUUGGCUCCGGCUCAGGUGCAGGACCCGCUGGGGCGGCUGCAGGGGCGGCGGCCGAUUAUGGCGUUUGGGUUCGGCGGGCGGCUGUUCACCAUGUUCCCGCGCCACGUGCAGCGGUUCAAUGCACAAGGCGGGUCGGCGAAGACGGCGCCGGGGAUGCUGCGUGUGCAGCAGCUGGCGGAGCACAUGCCGCCGGAGCUCUCAGCACAGCACGAGGCGGCGGUGUUCAACACGCCGCUGCUGGGCGGGGAGACGACCAAGGCGGCGCUACUGAAGCGGCGCGACGUGGCGGUGGGCUGUGCCCGUGCCUGGCUGGAGCGCAUGCAGGGCAGCAACGAGGAGCGGGCGCUGGUGGGCGUGCUAGCGGGCGUGCUGGAGGCCUUGGGCGACAAUGCGCAGCCCGAGAUGGCGCGUGCGGGCGAGGCCCUGCAGCCGCUGUUCAGCGUGCAGGAGCCGACCAAGCCGAAUGGGCAGGAGCCGCCGGAGCCGAUUGCCCACGGCUCGCUGGCAGACAUGCAGGAGAUCGAGGGCCUGCUGCUGGCGGGGCGGCGGUCGGAGGCGGUUGCGUUGGCGUGCCAGCGCGGCAUGUGGGCGCAUGCGCUGGUGGUGGCCAGCUGCACCGGCAAAGGACGUGUGGCAGGCGGUGGUGGCAGCAUACACGGCGUCGGCGAUGCCAGGCGGCCUGGCGCCGCUGGGGCUGCAGUACCGGCUGUUUGCAGGCAUGGGGGCUACAGCCAUCGAGCCGCCGCGGCCAUUUGACCAGCGCAGCGAGCCGCAAGCCGGGUUUGUCACAGCGGCGGAGCUGGACACGGCGCCGCAGGCCAGCGCUCCGCAAGGCUGGGCAAAGACGCUAGCGCUGAUGCUAGCAAACCGCACGCCCGGCGACCAGGCAGCGAUGCUGCAACUGGGCGACCGGCUGCGCAGUGACCGGCAGGCAGUGGCCGCGCACAUUUG